GUCUACCCAACUGGCACCAUGGGUCCAACAAACCCAAUGCCAACUAUGGACACUGCCAUCAACCAAGGCAGUGAUGCACGUCUUCUCUCCAUCAACGGUCCAGAUGACUUCUGCUUGUUCGCACCACAAGAAUCCGGUCCAGAAAUUGGUGAUGUUGAAGGCGAAGUCGUCGCGUGGUGCACGAAGCCAAGAAACAAUGCAAGACUUAUCCCAGACGGUACAAUCACGGCCGUACACUAUCAAAAAACACCUGCAUUCGUCCAAAUCUCUGCUUUGGGUGAUUUCACAAAGGUCAAUGUAUUAAGCGGCGAUGCUGGUGGUGAGUUAGACCCUCACGGUGCAACAGGUGAAGGAAACCCAAUCGGCGGUAACGUUACCGCCUUAGUCAAUGGACAAGAACAAAGCUACGAAGAGUGGAUGUCUUUCCAGAGUGACUCUAUGUUCUGCGCUCGUAUCUGUACCAACUCACCUUACAACGGUUGGGAUGCUGCCACAUGGUGCCAACACGAGUUAGACGAGAUGGGAUGCGAAUAUGUAAUUCCAAUGAGCUACGAAGAUGGUGUAUUCGACAGCUGUGAUGCCGAUGCCGGUUUCCCACCUGGAGUAUACCCACAAGAUGGUGACAACUACUCUACCUUCCACCAAUAUUAUGAAGGUACAUACACCGGUGGUGACGGUCUCGUAACUAGCUACACCGUUGGUACUACCGUUACCCCAACUGGUCCAGCCACCACUCCAGCUAGCUCAAACUGCACACCAAUGCCAUCACCAAGCCACGGUAUC